AUGACCGAAGGGAUCGACACUUUGCAAUCCCUGUACUCGCGUUCGGGGAGGUCGUUUUCCGACGGCCCUUCUUCGAACGUAGCCGGUGGGUCUCGUCGUACUGCUCGACGAGACGAAGGACAUCAACAAUCAGCUGGGAACGAGGCUACUAGCUGUCCCACGCCGGUGGAUAGCCACUCCAGCGGACGAGUAAACCCGUCCGGACGCCAUUCACGUCGCGGAGGUUCGAAAUACUUUCAACUAGAAAGCGUUGACCACGGCUUGAGUCCACCAAAUGAUGUGGUGGCGGCGGGAACACCUGAUCCGGCUCGAGGGCCGGAUCAGCUUGAUAUUCAGGAGCUGAACCGUUUAACGGAACAGUUGCAAGAUGACCUGGCCCAUGAACGACCUCGGCGUUAUGGGCUUGAGGAUCUUGUGAGGGAUAGUAUUAAUGACCUAAUGCACGAUCGUCCGUACGAUCGUGCCACGUUUGCGUUCGCGCAACUUGAGGACGAACAAUCGACUCCUUCUCUUUGUGACGAGCUGGCUGCAGCUCUUCGAGACAUCGCUCAACUGCGUAAGCAGGUUGCUUCGCGAGUCGACCAGACUGGCUCGUAA